CAUUGCUUUUGACUCCACGCUGGACGACAGCCACGUAGACUUCUUUGAAGUUAACGACGAAACGGCCGACAAAAACUCUGAGAGCUCCUUUAAAAUGUUUGUCCCUGAGAGUUUCUACACAGUGGUUUCAAAUAACGAAGCUUCCGUGAUCAGUCACGCAGACGACCAGUACUUCUCCAUCAGCAAUGCACAAAUAACACCAGAUAACUUUUCUGAAUCUCGGACUCCAUUUUCAAUUUCAGCCAACGAUAACAUGGGCCGUGCGCGCGGUGGCUACAUUGAGACGUACUCUGAAUGCCAGGCCUCUGAUUUCAAAGUAGAAUGUUUUGUAACGGAUCAAGGCAACUCAUCGAAUGACGACGAAGUGUUCUCAAAAUCACUCCCUUUGAAGACCCC